AUGAGCUCUGUGUCUCUUUUACAGAAGAGCUUUCUGGCUUUCCUUCUUGCAAUGGGCAUCAUAGUGACCCUGGGUGAUGCAGCCUGCUGGAGUAAAAUUCACAAGCCAGGGGAGGACAAAGAUGGUUGUAUGCUGAAUGGCAAACUGUAUCCCUUUGGACGCAUUGAGAGGACAGAAGAUUGCUACACAUGCAGCUGCCGUGAAGAUGGACUGCGGUGCUGUUCCCUAUUUCAUACUCCUGUUGGUUAUGACAAGAACAAAUGUAAAGUCGUUCUCAACAGAAAGCGCUGUGACUAUGAUGUGGUACAGAAGGAUGACCCUUCAAAGGAGUGUUUUGUCUUCUCUCCUGUGGGCUAA